AUGCAUUUGAAAGUGAAACAGGAAGGAAGGUUACACUUCAGAAUGUCUUAAUUCAGCUUCGGAAGUGUGUUGCCCACCCAUACCUUUUCAAUGGUGUUGAGCCAGAACCCUUUGAGAUUGGGGACCAUAUUGUUGACGCCAGUGGCAAGCUGUGUUUGUUGGAUAAACUCCUUUCGUUCUUGUAUGCUGGUGGCCACCGUGUCUUGCUCUUUUCUCAGAUGACUCAACUGCUUGAUAUCCUGCAAGACUACAUGGACUAUAGAGGCUACAGCUACGAGCGUCUGGACGGUUCUGUUAGGGGUGAAGAGCGGCACCUUGCCAUUAAGAACUUUGGUCAGCAGCCCAUCUUUGUGAGCACCAGAGCAGGUGGAGUUGGCAUGAACCUGACAGCAGCAGAUACAGUUAUUUUUACUGAUAGUGAUUUUAACCCGCAAAAUGACUUGCAAGCAAUAGCAAGAGCUCAUCGGAUUGGGCAGCACAAGCCUGUAAAAAUUAUCCGCUUGAUUGGGCGAGAUACAGUUGAAGAAAUAAUCUACCGAAGAGCUGCUUCUAAGCUCCGGCUGACAAAUGCCAUUGUAGAAGGGGGUCAGUUUGCUCUGGGAGCACCCAAGCCUCAGGGAGCAGCAGACUUACAGCUGAGUGAAAUCUUGAAAUUUGGCUUGGAUAAAUUGCUCUCUUCUGAGGGGAGUACUAUACAGGAUGUGGAGCUAGAAAACAUCCUUGGAGAGACAAAAGGAGGGAAGUGGGUAAUGGACACUGUGCUGCCAUGUGAAGAAGAAACUGAAGAAGAGGAUAAGGACACAGAGAAUCACAUGUACGUGUACGAAGGCAAAGAUUAUUCAAAAGAACCCAGCACAGAAGACAAGAAAGCAUUUGAUCAGCUUUUGGAUCUUGAGAAAGCCUUGGCUGAAGAGACCAGCAACGAAGGGAGAGCUCUCCGGAACAAAGCAAAUACCCUUCUCUCAGGCCUCCGGGAACAGUCAACCAGGAGGAAGCACUUGUUGAGUGCAGAGGAGUUGGAGGCUAGGAGGAAGAAGCGCCAAGAAGCAGCAGCAAAGAGAGCAAGGCUCAUGGAGGAAAAGAAGAAGGCAAAAGCAGAGGCAGAACACAAGAAAAAGAUGGCCUGGUGGGAGGAAAAUCAUUACACGUCUACCUGCCUUCCUUCAGAGGACAGUGACUCUGAGAAGGAGUUUGAGGAGGAUGAGGCUGGGCUGAAUGUGGAUUUAGAUUACAAAGAUGCAGACCUGAACUGUAUCAAGUAUGUCAUGGGAGAUGUCACACACCCCAAAGCAGAAGAGGAGGAUGCCAUCAUUGUUCACUGCCUAGAUGACUCCGGCCGCUGGGGAAAGGGUGGUUUGUUUACAGCUCUGGAGGCUCGUUCCAGUCAGCCAAGGAAAAUAUAUGAGAUGGCAGGAAAGAUGAAAGACCUGGAGUUAGGAGGAACCCUGCUAUUCCCUAUUGAUGAUAAAAAAUCCAGGAAAAAAGGACGAGACUUGUUGGCUUUAAUUGUAGCUCAGCACCGGGAUCGGUCCAACAACUUAUCUGGCAUUAAGCUAUCUGCUUUGGAAAAGGGCCUGAAGAAGAUUUAUUUAGCUGCCAAAAAAAGGAAUGCAACAGUGCAUCUUCCACGUAUUGGGUAUGCAACAAAAGGUUUCAACUGGUAUGGUACUGAGCGGCUCAUCCGAAAGUACUUGGCAACACAGGGCAUCCCCACUCUUAUAUACUACUUCCCUAGGAAUAAAGGCUCUUCCUCUGCUUCUCAACCAUAUUCAUCUUCAACAGCAGACUCAAAGCCCUGA